AUGACAGAACACUCCAGCCAACAAAGCAGCCCAGCGGACGCUAUCAGGAGAUCGCUAUCCGAGCAACACACUAUCCUUCAAUCCCACGAAGCCGCCUUGCGAGAGCUAAGUACCCGCCAAACCGAAACCAAUCGACGGCUAGCGGAGCUCACUAAUUUCCUGCAAAACUCUGUUCCUCCCUCCCCGUCUCCGGAGCCUGUAUCAGCCCCAGAUCCGGUCCAGUCAGCUCAGCCGGUGUUUGGUGAGAUCCGACCCCCAACUCCUGAGAGGUUCUCCGGUGAUCUGAGCAAGUCGGGCAUUAGAGUGGGCGGAGGCCCGUUUUUCUUCCUCGAUAAACUAUGGAAUAAGAGCCGCGGCAUCUGGCUGGAACGCUACCGCUCUAAAAGGGUCCGGUCCCGGGUUAGAGAAAAAAAUCGGAGAAGUUCCCCGGCUAGGACCUACGCAGCCGCUGUCUCUAUUCCCUCGGUCUCCCCUCCUCCGACUCCCACAGACCCCGAACCCAUGCAGGUGGGCCGCACUCGCCUCACCCCGGAGGAACGACGCAAACUGUCCGGUACGGUUAAACCCCCAGGUCCGCCAGUAGGCGAGGGGACUGGUGGACCAAUCUAUGAGGGACGAAUCUCCUCGUUUUCUGUUACCAGCCUCCUUGAUCAGCAAUGGGCAGACGCUUCCGCUCCGGUUCAUGACGCAACCAUUUUUUCCAAACUAGACCUGAGGAACGCUUAUCACCUACUCCGCAUCCGUCAAGGAGACGAGUGGAAGACCGCGUUCAAAACUCCCAUCGGCCAUUUUGAAUAUUUGGUCAUGCCAUUCGGGUUGUCCAACGCCCCAGCUUAUUUCCAAGCCCUGGUCAAUGAUGUGUUAAGAGACUUUCUAAAUGUAUUCGUUUUUGUAUAUCUGGAUGACAUUCUGAUUUAUUCUAAAUCCCCAGCAGAGCAUAAACGUCAUGUCCGUUUAGUCCUUCAACGUCUCUUGGAGAACAGGCUUUAUGUUAAAGCAGAGAAAUGCGAAUUUCACAAAACAUCUGUCUCCUUCCUUGGUUUCAUCCUAGAGGGCGGGCAGGUGAGGCCAACGGAAGAGAAGAUUCGGGCGGUGUUGGAGUGGCCGGUUCCAGAGACAAGGAAACAAUUGCAACGUUUCCUUGGGUUUGCCAACUUUUACCGCCGGUUCAUCCGAAACUACAGCCAAACCGCCCAGCCAUUAACUGCUCUAACAUCCACUAGGACCCCAUUCAGUUGGACUCCCGAAGCAGACACUGCUUUCAUUCAACUCAAGACCCUCUUCUCUAAUGCUCCCGUUCUAAUCCAACCUGACCCCUCCAGGCAGUUCAUUGUGGAGGUCGACGCCUCGGAUACCGGAGUGGGGGCCGUACUAUCCCAGGAACCAGAAAUGUCAAGCCAGAUGCUCUGUCCCGCCUCCAUGCUCCAGACGACGCAGAGGAGAUACCGGCCCCCAUCCUUCCUCCCAGCUGCACCGUGGCAGCUGUCACAUGGGAAAUCGAGGACCUCAUCAAACAGGCCCAACAAACCGAACCACCCCCCGACUCUUGCCCACCAAACAAGAUUUACGUUCCGACCUCCGUCCGGGCCCGUUUCAUUCAGUGGAUCCACGCGUCCCGCUUCUCAGGACAUCCAGACGCCCAUGGUCUCACAUUGCUGUGGAUUUCGUCACUGGAUUACCACCAUCCAAAGAUGGCGCCUGACCCACCUUUUCCCGGAAAGGUGUGUCACCGCCUUCCACACCGGCAGUCUAUCAGCUCAUCUGUGUUGGAGUACAAGAGGGCCGCACCACCUAUACUUCAACGCUGGAGUGUUAGCCUUCCAUGCGUCUCCAGUUUUUCCUCCGGCAGGCAGUCGUUCUUCUGGUCUGUCCUCCUGCACGUCCGAGCCUACCUGCCCGCUCUCCACCGAUCCUCCAUAUCGUCUCCCGGAUUAUCCUCUGUCUAAACACCGGACCAUCUGGAACCACAAAGAAGAUCCCAGACUAUUUUUCCCACCCCACAAUGUGCUGCUUGUUUCCUGAGCCUAUACCCCCCGGAACAGGACCGUUCCAUCCAUCCUUUGUUUACAAAUAAACUGCCUUCACUGA